AUGGUUAAUUUAAACCUUUCAUCAACCGCGGCGCCCCCUAGCGAUGACGCCCCUCCCCGCAAACCUCCCCACAGAAGAAGAGAGAGACUUCAACUAUCAUGUACAACAUGCCGGCAAAAGAAACUCAAAUGCGACCGCAACCUACCAUGCGAGAACUGCGCAACCCGCGGCCGUGGGGAUACCUGUGUUUACGCCAACCCCCCGCCACAGGGUCAGACUAGGGCGGCCCAUCGGCCAGUCAACAGAGCUACCAUGCAAGGUCGUGUUCGACACCUGGAAAAGAUGGUUCUAUCGUUGGUACGAGACAGAUCUCCAUCAUGUCAGUCGUGGAGCACAGUGUCAGAAUUUCGGCCUGAUUGGGAUGCCCGCGAUCACCAUCUGGGAUAUCGCUUCGAAAAUUAUACCUCUGGUUCUACGGGCCCUGGGAGCCGUGAGUGCUCGGCCAUGCCCAUGUUGGAGUCUAUAGAAUCGGCUCCGAGGCUGGGCCUGCCGAGGGGUGGUGAUUCAAGAUAUUUUGAUAGUGGGCAUUGGGCUUCGAUUUUGGCGGAUAUUGGUGAAUUGAAGGGAUACUUCGCAGGUCAAGGCGAAGGUGAGCCCCCAGAGACGACAGCUUCUGAAUCAGGCUAUUGUGAAACAGAUCUUCUCAGUGGCCGCUUUGGGAGGCUGACGCAGAUGGAAAUACUUGACCGCGUUCCCCCAAAGCCACUUGUGGACUAUUUAAUUGCGCGAUAUCUCAGCUCCGAUGCUCAUUCGUUAAUAAUCAUCCAUCGUCCAAGUUUUCGAAAACAGUAUGAUUUAUUCUGGCAGGAUCCUUGGUCUACGCCGAUAACAUGGGUUAGCGGGUUAUUUAGUAUGAUGUGCAGUGCCGUGUGCAUCGCUAUACACUCUGGCGAACGGAUGCCGGAAUCAUUUCUAGAACCUGCCCAUCAAAUGGACCAAUAUCGCCAAAUGGCUGUUCACUGCUUGUUCACCGGAAACUACGCCACUGGCCCACCCCACGCAGUCGAAGCUCUGAUACUAUAUUUCUUCACAGAAUAUACCCGAAACCCGGAUAUGCAACUACCUUGCUGGCUUCUCUUUGGGGUCAUCCUUCGCAUCGCUAUGCGUAAAGGGUACCACCGUGACCCUCGACACCAUCCUAGUCUAUCCGUUUUCGAAGGCGAGAUGCGAAGACGUUCAUGGACGGUACUAUUUCAUAUGGAUCUGCUCACGUCAAUAGAUGCUGGCUUGCCUCGGAUGAUACAACCGGCGCAGAUGGAUGUCGAACUACCUCGCUGUAUCCUCGAUGACGACAUUGAUGAAGACGCUGUGGAACUCCCACCCUCAAGACCGGACCUAGCCAACCCGAGGCUAGCAUACGCCAUUGCAAAGAGGCCUUUGGUAAUUGUUUUCGGGUCUAUUGUAGAUUUGAACAACGCGAAGGAGCUUGCAUCGUACGAGGAAAUAUUGAAGUUGGACAAGGCCCUACAGGACAGCUACGGAGUCAUACCGACAGUAUCCAAGCCAGAUCCUACGACACUCCCGGUGGCCGAAACACCAGACUUAAUCAUGCGCCGUUUAAUACUUGAUCUCAUUUACCAGAAGGGGCGCUACAUGCUACACCGCAAAUACUACACCAUCUCCUGGAACAAUCCGCAAUACACGUACUCGCGUCAGACAUGUAUUGAAGCCGCAAUGACGACGCUACGACAGCAGGCCUUCCUACAUCAGGAGUCGCAGCCAGGAGGCAUACUGCACCGGCUCAGUUGGAUAAGAAUGUCACUUGUAGCGCACGAGUCUCUCCUUGCUGCAAUGAUUCUCUGCCUAUACCUUGACCGUCUAAAUCGGCAAGGUGUUGGCGUUGCUAGCGAUGUUAUCGUCGAUAGCGUGACGCUGGAGAGAAGGUCGGAGAUGUUGCAGUUGUUGGAGUCUGCGUAUGCAAUUUUAAGUGUUUCCGCUGCGUCCUCUAUUGGUGCUGCGAGGGCGUGCGGAGUUAUGAAUAUCAUUCUGCAGAAGGUGGGGUUAAUGCUCCCGAUGCCGAAUGGCAUAAUGAAUGAAGUUGUGGGGGUGGAGCAGACGAAUCCAAUGACGUCGCUGGGUGCAAGAUCUUAUCCUGGAUCCGAAUCCCUAACUGGAGUCCCGACAGUACACAUAUUUUAUCCAGACGGUGUAUAUCCUCAAGCAACAACUUCAUCCAAUUUCCGCAAGAAAUUGACUGGAAUCUAUGGGACAACUUCUUUCGGCCCCAUGAUUGGGCCUACAGCUUCGAUAUGGCGCAAAUGGGGCAGUGAUAGAAUCCCUAGUCUAGACGCGAAACGUGCGCCGGCGGAAGAUUUAACCAGUUUUGAUGAUGAUGAUGAUGAUGAUGAUGAUGAUGAUGACGAUGGGGAUCAACAGCGACGAGCAAAAGCGGCGUACAAUCCUCUACAACAUCAAUUGAACAUAACAAAUCGCCCCAUCCAUCCAACCUCUAUCACCAUGGCCAUCCAAAUCCCUCCAUCAUACUCCGCGCUGCAAACCCAGCACAUCAAAAUCGAUCAUGUACCCGCUAGCGCCUCCACGGCCACCCCCGUCCUCCUCUUAACUCUCAAUCGGCCCGAUAAGCUCAAUGCGUUUACGGGAACGAUGGCGGACGAGAUGAUCUCGUUUUUCAACACGGUCGACGUGGACGACCGCGUCAAAGCCAUUGUGGUGACGGGAGCGGGGCGCGCGUUUUGCGCCGGGGCGGACCUGGAGAUUGGGUUCCCGAAGAGCUCGUCCGGCGAUGGAUCGAGGAGGAAUCCUGGCGACGAUGGGGUUGAGCAUAGAGACGGUGGCGGCCGCGUAACCCUCGCCAUAAACGCCUGCCGCAAACCAACAAUAAUGGCCCUGAACGGCCCCGCCGUCGGCAUCGGCAUCACCAUGACCCUCCCCGCCACAAUCCGCCUCGCAACCCGCGGCUCAAAGAUCGGCUUCGUCUUCUCGCGUCGUGGCCUGGUGAUGGAAGCCGCCUCCUCCUUCUUUCUCCCGCGCCUGAUCGGCUACAGCCGCGCGCUCCACCUCACCGCAACGGGCUCCACAUACCCGGCCGAACACCCUCUGUUCGGCUCGUUGUUUUCCGAAGUGCUGCCCACGGGCGCGGAAACGGUGGCGCGCGCGCUGGAGAUUGCGGCGGACAUUGCCAAGAAUACGUCGACGGUGGCGUCGACGCUGAUGAGGGAGAUGAUGUAUCGGGGUCCCUGCAGCGCGGAGGAGGCGCAUUUGUUGGAUUCGAAAGUUAUUUAUGGGAUGUUUGGGGGCAGGGAGAAUGAGGAAGGGGUCAAGAGCUUUUUGCAGAAGAGGGCGCCGGAGUUUAAGGCGAGUUUUGGCACCAAGGGGGAUGUGCCGGAGGUUUACCCCUGGUGGACCCCGGUGGAUGUUAAGCCGAGGGCGAUAGGGGCGAAGUUGUGA